GCCUAUCGCACCGAAUCCUGUCCGCCUCCCUCGGAUAUCGAAUACCCCUUCUAAUAACCGACGCCGCAGUGGUAUUGAAAGGCACCCGGACACCGAUCCUGGCUUUCUAGAAGUGCCGGUAGUAGGGAUACAUACCCGGAUCUAGGGUCUCUAGUAAUACAUAAUCAAUGGCUUUCCUCAUCCUCGUGAUUGGGGACCUCUACAUCCCCGACCGCGCCCUCGAUAUACCGCAAAAGUUCAAGAAACUCCUCUCGCCCGGCAAGAUCGGACAGACGCUGUGCCUCGGAAAUCUGACGGACAAGCACACCUACGAGUACCUGCGGUCCAUCGCGCCAGACCUUAAGAUCGUCAAGGGCCGCUUCGACGUCGAGGCGGCAUCGCUACCGUUGUCGCAGGUUGUCACCCACGGGUCCCUGCGCAUCGGCUUCGUCGAGGGCUUCACCCUCGUCUCCACCGAACCCGACCUACUGCUGGCCGAGGCCAACAAGCUCGAUGUCGACGUGCUCUGCUGGGGCGGCACUCACCGCUUCGACGCCUUCGAGUACAUGGACAAAUUCUUUGUCAAUCCCGGCAGCGCCACCGGCGCUUACACUACCGGCUGGACCAAGGAGGGCGAAGAAAUGGUGCCUAGUUUCUGCUUGAUGGAUGUUCAAGGCAUAUCACUUACACUCUACGUAUACCAGCUCCGGAAAGACGACAGCGGCGAGAACGUCGCCGUAGAAAAGGUGACCUACACAAAACCCGUAGCACCCACGGGAAACUCGUCGUAACCUUUCAGGCCGUCAUCGAUAGAGGGGGGAAUUGGAGUACCUGACUCUAUUCCAUAUAUACCACGGCGUUUGCGAGGAAGACUUGCUCACGAUGCGAGACAAUAUGUUUUCCCCGGCAACCUCGGAUAACCCCUCCCCCUCCGAGCUCAUAUUCAACUUAUAUCCUAUACCCAAUUCCGGAACAGACUAGCUAUCUACCUACCUACCUGCCUACCUUCCUCGCCGACA